AUGUAUAAAUAUUUAUCAUGUUACUCCUGCCCUGGGUUUGUAUACACUUUUACAAGAAUUUUUUUAUUUUCUUCAUCAUCAUCAUCAAGAAAAAAUGAUGAGGUAAGUGAAUGGAAAGAUUAUGGAAGUUAUGGUUUUGGUGAUAAAGAAAAAAUCAAAAAUUCUUCAAUAAAAAACAAGUUACAAAAUGAUAAUAAUAAUACUAUAAAAAAAUAUGAUGAUGAUAGUUUUAUUCCAUAUUCUGAAUGGCAACUAGAAAGAAAAAAAAGAAAUAAAAAGUACAAUCAAGUUGAGGGUGAGAAAAGUAUGAAGACAACCGAAAAACAUAUUCAUUUUGAUGAGAAUAAUGUCAAAAAUAAUGAAUGCUUAAUCAUACCAAUAUCACUAAACAUUUCCAAUAUACCAGAAGCUAUAAAUGAGGAGAUAGAUGACAUGACAUCCUUUUCAACAACUUCUAACUUUGAUAAUCAAGAAAAUUUAAUUAAUUCUUUAAAAAUGUCAGAAAAAAUAAAAGAAGUUAAUGGAAGAAAAAUUAAUCAUGAAUCUCGACUUCGUGUAAUCAGUCUUUAUAAUGAAAGGAAAUCUCAGGUUGAAAUAACAAUAGUUGAAGGAAUACAUAUGCCAUUUGAUAAAAGUCAGAUAAGAGUUUCAUUUAUUGGAAAUAAAAUUUUAAAAGUUUGUACACCUUUUAAAGAAGGUUGGAAUCCUAAAUUUAAUCAAACGUUUUAUCUCAAUUUGGAAAACGAAGAUUUAAAUAAUUCUGUGAUAUUGUUUCGUAUUUAUACAAAAUCUAAAUUUUCAAAGUCAAUUGAUACUAUUCUAAAGGUAGAGGCAGUGGAAGUAAAAACAUUAGUCCCUGAUGAGAUAAAUGUGUUAUCAAUUGCUGAAUGUACCUUGCCCUUAUCAUUAGUUGACAUCAAAGACGGUAGUGAAACAUUACACAAUUUAAAGCUUCACGCAGUCCAAGAGAAAAAUAGAGGCUCUGUGCCUAAUAUUAAUAUUAAAGAGUUUGAUAGAAUGACAGUUGGUCAAAGAAAACGUUCAAAUUCGGCUUCUGGAAAUAAUUUAAAACUUCAAGCACCUAUAACUUCUAUGAGACAAAAUCUUUAUUUUAACGAUAAAACAUCACCAAUACCACCUAGUACACCAAAAGGAAGAGGAUCUAUUUUUGAAAGAAAUAAUAAUAUGCAUACUGGAAACGGUUCUAGAAGAGGAUCAACAGUUGAUGAAUCUGGUAGAUUUUGUUCAUUACCAAUGAAUUCUGAUACAAAGGCAGAACUUCUUGUUACAUUAUGUUAUACAUCAUCAUCUGGACAAUUAGUUGUUGGUAUAGAGAAAGCCUCUGCUAGUGUUGGUGCAUGGGGUAUUAAACCACCAGAGACAUUUGUUAAAGUUACUGUAUUAACACAAUUUCAAGAAGAAAUAGGAAAACAGAAGACAAAUGUUGUAAAAGAAAGUUUUACUCCUAUAUAUGAUUCAACAUUUGCAUUUGAAAUACCAAAAGCAGAUAUUGAAAGUCAUAGUCUUCUUUUACAAGUUUUUACACAUUGUGGUUUAUUAAGGAGAAAAGCAUUACUUGGACAAGUAAUCCUAGGUGAAGCUGCCAGUAGUCCGGAAGCACAAGAUCAUUGGGAUGAUAUGAUAAAAGGAGACUCCAUUACAUUAUCUAAAUGGCAUACAUUACAAGGAAGAGAUGAAAUUAAUGUGAGUAAAGGGGGAACUUUAAAACCAUCCACUAAAUAA